AUGCUUCCUUUUAAUUUGAGGGACUCGGGGAAGAGAGAAGACCCCACACCCCGUCAACAUACAAAAAGGACAAUCAAUGGCCCCCCCAAAGCCUUACAUCUCCCCCAGCUCUGUAAGUUGAAUGAGGACUAUUCAGUGCUACUUAUAAGGCAACAGUCACCAUGGAAUAAGUAUAAGCCAGUCCUAAAAUGCGACAUUGCGGGUGAAGUGAUCAUAGCGACUCAGCGUUCCAAUCCAUCACGGGUGCAAGCUGUUCGAGAAUACCCUAAGUCUGGCGCCGAAAAUCUGAUUCAACGAUUUAAUUGCCUUCGACACGCCAAUAUUCUGUCAUCUCGGGACUGUUACAUAGACUCAAACCAUUUGUAUGCUUUAGUCGAUGAUUUUCCGCUCACAUUGGGGAACCUUGUUUCUGCCCCGGGCAUAUAUCCUACGGAGGUAGAAAUGGCUGCAAUAAUGUCGCAGGUACGUACGUGCCUUCGUGUCCCUUUUCACCGGAAUAACAACAGCCAAGAUUCUCGAUGGCCUAUGCUAUCUCGGUAG